AUAGUUGUAUCGCGCGAAGAUAAGCGAAUGGUUCCGAAUAGCACUCGGAGUCCCGUGUCGCGUCCCAAUUUCAGUAUUCAGUCGUAUUUUCCGUACUAUGACUAUCGGCGCAUGUUAAAAGUGGUUAACGUGAUUGUUUAUUUACGUGUUUAUGAAUUUAACGUUUCGUAUAAAUGUAUUUAAUUAUAUUGUUGUUAUAAGUGUUGGUUAUCAUAAAUGUUAUGCUAUGUUUAAAAUAAAAAUGUAUAAACUAUCGGACGCAUUAUAUUGAAAACAUAGGCAGGAUGUUACAUUGUUUUGUAUUUAAGUGUUCUUCAUGUAGAAUAUACGACGCGUAACAGUCCGCAUUUUAAAAUGGCAACAUUACCUAGGAUGAAUUCAUCGAAAAAUGGGAGUAGUGUCAUAGUUUCAUCCCCUUUUAGUACUAGUCCACGGAAAUUACAUGAAAUGGCAUUACCAGUCGCUGAAGGGGAAGAUGUAUCGAACGCCAGCGGUGUUAGUAUGAAGCAAUACGAAGAGCAAUUGAAUGGUUUACGAAAGGAAAAUUUUCAUCUAAAAUUGAGGAUAUAUUUUCUUGAAGAGAAAUUAGGUAGCGGAUCGCCACCUGCUGUACAAGGUCUUUUAGAACAUAACGUCAGAUUACAAGUUGAAGUGGAGGAAUUGAGAAGGCAAUUAAGCGAUAAACAAGAACUCCUCGCAGCAGCCGCUGAAGCCAUAGAUGUUUUGGAACAACAGGGUUCCAUUACAACGGAUAGUGUAGAAGUGACAUUGAAUAAUAGCGCUGUAUCGAAAAAAGGCAGUCAAGAACAGACUAUUGAAAAACGUGCAGUUAUCGAUGAUACAUGUGCAGAAUCAGAGUCGGCAGGAGACUAUCUGGCGGUAACCAUAAAUAACGAAGAAUUAGAUGAAUUGGUCAAAUUGAGACGUGAGAAUCGAAAAGCUUUACAAAUGAUCAAAGAAUGUAUGAAGAAAAUUCAGCAACAAGACAAAGUUAUUGAAAAAAUUAAAUUGGACAAAGAACUGACGUAUGCACAUAUCAGUGAUUCACAGUUAGAAAAAUAUGAAGAAAUUUUAAAGUGCAAAGAUGAACAUAUCAAAGAUUUGGAAAAUAAAAUAAGAGAUUUACAAAAGAAUGUCGAAAAUGCACAAAGUGAAGUCUCUGGCAAUCUGCAACAACUACUGACGCGCCGGCUUCAGGGACUGGCCUAUUUCUUAGACAAAUUGUUGUCACACAAAUGUGUUCUUGGCGAGGAUAAGAAAAAAUUAGCCGAAAGCAUAUUGGAACAGAGCUUAGCUUUGCCAGUCGGUUUAGAAUUAGAUGAAUCAAUGGCACCAGAAGAACUUACAAUGGACGAAAGCAAUUUAGACAUUUCUCAGUCAUUAAGAUUAGAAGAUUUGACUCUUAUGUUCGGACAUCAUAUGGGAUGUAGUGAUGACAACAAGCGUUAUUCAUCUAAGAAACUUUUAAAACAUUUCCCUCAAGCUGACGUGAUAUCAGAAUCAGAGUGCUGGUCAGAACCUGACAGGAAUGUUUCUCUCGCAAGAGUGGGAUUGUGUGAUACAGGCGUAGGAAUACGUGAAUCUACGUCAGAUGUUAACAAAUAUAGGGCGCGUCGCUCGCGAUUUUCGAACGGUUCCCGUUCUGAGGAUAACAAAGGGAUGAACGAAGCUGCAAUCCUCGAAGAAAUUGAUUACCUAAGAAAACAAAAUCAAUCUUUAGAAGAAAAAAACAAUGAUCUCACUAAUAAACUAGAAUUUUCUAACAAACAAAUUAAUGAAAUGAUUUCAGAGAACCAACAUUUAAAAGACAGUUUAGCUUCAGAACUUUCUAAUUUGGUGACGGCUAAUAAUAAUGUAGAUUCAUUGAAAAAUACGGUGUUAUCCUUGGAGUCGCGAAUUAAAGAAAUUGAACACAAGCUUGCCGAGUCAAUACAAACUAUAGAAAAGAUGCGAACAGAAAGACAAGAAUUGGAAUCUACAUUUAUGGAAACCGAACGAGCUUUAAGACGGGCUGCUGAUGAAGCUACAGUUCAAGCGUCUCAAGCUGCUUUAGAAAGAGCCCGAGCUCAACAUGACAGAUUGCGAUUCGAAAGAGAACUAGAGGAGACCCGUGAGCAACUCGCAGCGGCAAUGGAAGCUAAUUCGCGUUUAGAAAUAGAGGUCACGCGACAAGUUGGGUUAGAAGUAGAAAACAAAAUAGCUAUCGUCGAUGAUAUCCUGCCCUUAGACGAAGACAGACCCACUUCGCCAGAUCAAGGAAUUGACAGUGAUAGAUUAUCCAGCUUAGAGCAAAAUGACGGUUUAGCCUUAUCACCACGUUCAUUAUAUGAAGAAAAUAUUACUCUGAAACAGAAAUUAGCACGAACUAAAGCAACACUAGCAGAAACAUUGAUGCAGUUGAACGCCGCAAAUUUGCGUAAGAAGAAUGUACACCGUGCUAUAUGUCGAGAAAUUCAUAAAACUCAAGGAGUUCUACGAAAGGCCCGGGAUCAGCUUGAAAACCAGAACAAUAACUAAA